AUGAGCGAUACUUAAAAUCACUUUAACAAUAGCUAAAGUAUUUCCAAGAUCAACCUAGAUCACUCCAACAGCAUAGCAAGUGCAGAGAGUUCAAUGAUCAAAUCGUGGAUUUCGCUUAAAGAUAUCAAGAAAAUGGUAAAUCCUUCAAAAACCAAUCAUCAGGAUGCUAUUAAAAACCUCUCCAAUAAUAUAAAAACUAACAAUAGUCGUGAUCUGCCACUGUAGAUAAAUUCUAAAAGAAAUCUGAAUUUAUAAAUGCAAUCUUAAAAACAAAGCAGUGGGAAAAAGGAAGCUAGUAACUCUAAUAAGAAAACAAAGCUUCCAUUUUCAAAUACUGGUAGAAGCGAUAUCACGAAUAAGGAAAAUAAGAGUGAGAAGAAGGACAAAAAUAUUGAGGGAGGAGCAUCAACUAGAAAGUAGAAUUUGUUUAGGAAUACUAGCUUUGUCAAGAGUUUUAAAAAUAGUGAGAAAGUCAAUUCAUCGAUUAAUUUUAAACUUAAACAACUAGAAAUAGAUAUCUCUGAUUAGAAUCAACUGAUAGCCAAUGACUCAAUGUUAAUUGAAGAUAACAAUGCAUUAAUCAAUCAAAGUAAUUAAUUGAACUGUUUGCUUGAUACUUAUGAUAAAGACCUAGAGAUCUUCUAGGAGCAUGUUGAGAAGGUCAAAUAACACCUAGGAGUUAGUACCUACACCGGUUAAAGCUCAACUCAAUCUAGAUAGCAGUUAAGCUCUAAGUCUUUGAAUAGACCAAGAGCGCUACAAGAGAACCUUAGCCUAUAUCAUCAACUUUCAAGCAAUCUACCCUACUCUAGACCAACAACUACUACUGGAGAAACAUAGAUGUCGAAUAUUCAAACAACCAAUGAAGCUACUGAGAGAAGAGGGGAAUCAAAGCAAAUAUUCAAAUUAUAAAAUGAACUACAACUAUUAAACGAGUUAUAUUAUGAAGAGAAAUAGAAAAAUGAGGAAUUAGUGGCAAGGUUAAAAGUUCAAGAAUUCUAGAUAGAAGAUCUUCAAAUAGAAAAACAAGAUAUAAUUGGAAGACUAUAACUUGUUGAGAAUGAGCUUGAUGCUUAGAAAGAGAUUAGUAUGGAUAUGAAAGAACAGUAUGAAGAAAUGAUAAAUGAGCUUAAGAGUCAAAUAAGAUCACUCCAGAUCAUCAAGAAAAAAGAGAAUACAGAAAACUUUAACUAGCAAAAUCUGAUAUUUUCAGGUAUAUCACUGGAUAAAGUAGAGUCUGUACUUGAAUCUGCUGAUUUCAAUAAAAAUUCAGAUUAGACAGUCUAAGAAAUGGGUAAUUAAAAUGUGUCUAAAGCACAUGGCAAUAAACACAUGGAUAUUCUUAAAACAUUAGUUAAGAAUGUAAGUUAUCAAAACAAAUCAAAUAGCUUCAUAAUAGCCAAUAAUAAGAAUAAUCUUGAGACAAACAUGCACCCAGGAAGGAAGGGAAUAAAGGAUUCAAUGAUUGAUUAAUCAUCUGUUAAUGCUUCAAAUCCCUUGAUAACAUCAGACUGCUAUUAAAACUCAGAUAUCUCAGCUUCACUAUCUCAGUACGAAAAUUAAAAUACUAAAUUCUUGAAGCAUGUCAAUAAGUCUAAGAUUGGUAGUUUCAAUUAAAAUGCUAGUGUUUUAGGCUAGCAAUAGAAACCUAACUCGAAAUCUUUUAAGCUAAAUAAAAUGAUGAAUCAUAGUUCUUUAGUUGAGGGAGACGACUCUUAAAUUUGUGAAGAAGCAGAUGUUAAUGUGCAGUAGAUUAAGACAAGUCAUUUUAAUAUCAAGAAAGUUGAGGAGCAUUUGAAGGGGGAAAACUAUUUAAAUGAAACUGGAAAUGAUCAAAAAAGUCCUAUUGAAGACUAAAUAAAUUCUAUCAUUCAUCAAAUAGAUGGCUAUUUAUUGACUCAAUCAGAGCAGAAAUAAGUGAGCUCAAGAUUUUGUGGAGGAGAAGAUUCACAGAACUACAACUAUGGUCAAUAUAACCUAGCAACAUUCGGAGGCCAGCAGAUGGUUGCCUAGAGUUUAACAGGAACGUAAUAGUUAUCAAUGAUUUGGAAUAAUCUGAAGGAUGAGGAUAGAGAGUUCUACUCAAAAAGACUUUCAGUAUAUUAAGAUGAGAAUAUUAAUGACGAGGAGGACAUAACCAACAUGGAUGAGGAACAACUACAGCAGUGGAUGUAGUAAAAAGAAUUCGAAAGGUAGCAGCAAAUGCUGUAUUAGAUAGAAAUUUCCCUCUCAAAGUUUAGAGAUAAUUUCAAGCAGUGA